AUGGGCAUCUGCCAGUCCUGCCUCGGGAGGCGCGACAAGGAUGACUAUGAUGAAAACGAAGAAGGCAGGCUGCUGUACGAGGAUGGCAACGGCAUGCAGUACGGCAGCUUCGGUGACCCAGCAUUGGGCGGCGACGAGACGAUAGAGGCGCAGCGAGAGAAUGAAGCUCUACAAAGAGUUGUUGCGAAGACGUCCAACAACAUGGUUGAUGUUUUCGAGAUUGCGCCUCAGACUUCUUCAAAUCGGGGCACCAACUCGACACCAUUUGCAUACGCCGGUCAAGGAGCCCGGGUGGCGCGAUACCAGCAUUUAGUCUCCAAGCUUAAUGCUGAUGAAGACGCUGACAUGUCCGGCAUCAAGGUUGACUGGCUGGCGGAGGACGACACGGUCGAGUCGCAGAGCAACCGGCCCGCGAGUAUCAAAACGCUCGAGGACGACAAUGGCGGUGGUCCCCUCGUUGGAACCUUCGCGGAUGCUGCUGCAGCCAUGAAGUAA